AUGGGCGGAAGCAAAGAUUUUAUCGCGCUGCUUUUCGCGGUAGUAGCGGCUUUCCCGUACUCGGAAGCUCAAUUUACUGGUUGCGAUAGACAGAAGACGUUUACGGCGGGUGAAGUGUUUUACGUGGAGUCGCCCAACUUUCCCAACUAUUUCGCGAAAGGAACCAACUGUCGCUGGCAGCUGACGGCCCCUGUCGGGAAUACGCUCUAUGUUAAUUGCUACGAUGUGUAUCUGGCAUCGUCCACCGGAUGUACCGCGGAUCGUUUAGAGAUAUCCCUUCAGAAUGAUCCUAACCUCGCGUACGCUACCAAGUACUGUGGGCAGCGAACAUUCACUCUUCAAUCUACUGGUAAUAGGGCGGUUUUUGCUCUCCGUACCACUACCACCUCGUCGGGAGGACGGUUCCGUUGUCAGGUCGUAGCACAGGCACCACCCUGCCGCUGUGGAUUGCGCCGAACAUCCAAGAUUGUGAACGGUGUACCGACGCUAGUCAACGAGUUCCCCAUGAUGGCCGGUCUGGUUGAUUCCUCAUCACGCUCUGUCUUUUGCGGUGCUACGAUCAUUUCGGAAUAUCACUCGAUAACGGCCGCGCACUGCAUGAGGGGACGUAGCAUCACGGCAGCAGGGUUGCUGGUUGGAGAUCAUAACCUAAGCGUCGGUACAGACACUAGCUAUUCUGUGCUGAUGCGUCUCGCCUCUGUUACGAACCAUCCUUCAUACGUUGCCACCCCAUCGCAGAAUGAUAUUGCGAUCGUUCGCACAGCGGAUCGCAUAAUCUUCAACGCUGGUGUAGGACCUGCCUGUCUACCAUUCCGAUUUUCCACUUCCAAUUUUGCGGGCUCGAUCGUUGAAGCGACCGGUUGGGGAACGAUGGAUUUCGGUGCACCAACUUCAAACGUUCUCCGGAAGGUUUCGCUCAACGUCAUCACGCAGCAAUCGUGCCAAUCGUCCAUGCCCAACGUUGUCGCAUCGCACAUCUGCACCUACACACCCGGUAAGGACACCUGUCAGUAUGAUUCAGGCGGUCCACUCUUCUACACAUCCGGCGGCUACGUGUAUCUGGUCGGUGUCGUCAAUUACGGUGUAUCUUGCGCGUCUAGCAAACCGUCCGUCAGCAGCCGAAUCACUUCCUACCUAUCGUGGAUUCAAAGCAUGACACCGGGCGUUACCUACUGCUCACCGUAA